AUGCACCGCAACACCUACGACAACGACAACUCGACCUUCUCGCCGCAAGGCCGGCUGCACCAGGUCGAGUACGCCCUCGAAGCAGUCAAGCAAGGCUCAGCCUGCGUCGGCCUGCGAUCAGACACCCAUGUCGUCCUCCUCGGUCUCAAGCGUUCGACGGGCGAGUUGGCGAGUUAUCAAAAGAAGCUGAUUCGCAUCGAUGACCAUAUCGGUGUCGCGAUUGCGGGAUUGACGUCCGACGCGAGGGUCCUCUCCAACUUCAUGCGCACGCAAGCCAUGUCCUCCCGCAUGCUCUACAACCGUCCCCUGCCCAUCUCGCGCAUCGUCAGCUCGAUCGCGGACAAGGCGCAGAUCAACACGCAGCACUACGGGAAGAGGCCGUAUGGUGUUGGAUUGCUUGUCGCCGGUUACGAUGACCAAGGCCCUCACCUGUACGAGUUCACCCCGUCAGGCUCCUGCCUCUCUUACCACGCCCUCUCGAUCGGCGCGCGCUCCCAAUCCGCCAAGACCUACCUCGAAGCCAAUUUUGAGACUUUCCCCUCCGCCUCGCUCGACGAACUCGUCAUACACGGACUGAGGGCGCUUAGGGAGACGUUGCAGCAGGACAAGGAGUUGAGUGGGUUGAAUACGAGUGUGGGAAUCGUCGGACUCGCUCCGACAACCUCGGCUGCGUCGUCCGGCGAUGACCAGCAGACGAGCGACGCACCUCCUCCUACGACCAGCGUCCUCCCCGCGUCGACCGCGACAGGCGGCAAGAAGCCCGCGCUGACGACGUUCCACAUCCUCGAAGGCGACGCGCUCGAGCCGUACUUGAGCAGGCUGGAGCCGAAGGACGAAGCGGCGGCACCGGCGAGGCAGGCGACGGCUGUUGCUGGCGAAGGAGCGGCGGAGGGUGAGGCGCAGGGUGAGGCGCGGAUGGAGACGGACUAG